AUGGAGAACAUUCCUCAUGGUCCUGUUCAUGUAUGGAUCGGUGAUCACACGCAACCUAACUUAGAGCAUAUGGGAAGUCUUUAUUUUGCAGCAAGUGACCCUAUUUUUUAUUCUCACCAUGCUAAUGUGGAUAAGAUGUGGACCAUAUGGAAAACAGUGGGAGGAAAGAGAAGUGAUAUCACAAACCCCGAUUGGUUUGAAUCUGGAUUUAUUUUGUACGAUGAGAACAAAAACCUUAUUUGUGUGAAGGUGAAAGAUUAUCUUAAUACUACGAAGCUUGGAUAUGUAUACCAAGACAUUGAUGUUCCUUGGCUAGGAGCCAAACCUAUACCGCGUUUGCAAAGAGCAGUUGUAAUGAGUUUUGGUAGUGGUGCAACAUUGGCCGCUGAAACUUCCAAAACAACGAAGUUUCCUAUGGUUUUGGAUUCAAGUGUGAGCACCAUGGUGAAGAGACCAAAGAAGAGUUGGAAGGAGAGGGAAAAGGAAAAGGAGGAGGUGCUAGUGAUAGAAGGGAUUGAGUUUGAGAGGGAGUUGGGUGUGAAAUUUGAUGUGUAUAUUGUUGGGAAUAGUCCAAGUAUUAUGGUUCGGAGUGAUUGA